GACGCCUACUGGAAGUGAAUCUCUACAAACCUGCUUUCACACUCAUUCAUCAGCUCAACUGGAAGUUAACUGACUGUUUUGAUUCACGGGUCUCGUUUGAAUCUGUUCAAAUAUGUCUGCGGUUAUUAGGAAGAUCAUUCACACUGCAGCAGCUCCUGCCGCGAUCGGGCCCUACAGCCAGGCUGUUUUGGUGGACCGCACAAUGUACAUCUCAGGACAGCUGGGAAUGGAUGUAGCAUCAGGACAGUUGGUGGCGGGAGGAGUGCAGGCUCAGGCCAAACAGGCACUCAUUAACAUGGGGGAGAUUCUGAAAGCUGCCGGAUGUGGAUAUGAAAACGUUGUCAAGACCACAGUGUUGUUGGCAGACAUUAAUGACUUCAAUAAUGUCAAUGAUGUUUACAAGCAGUUUUUCAGGAGCAAUUUCCCAGCUAGAGCUGCCUAUCAAGUAGCUGCGCUGCCUAGAGGGGGGCUUGUUGAGAUUGAGGCAGUCGCUGUGUUGGGACCCAUCACAGAUGCCUCCUGACUAUAUGACCCCAGCAUGCAUCACAAAUUGUAAAUAUAGUUAUAUGGAGAUAAACCACAUCCAAGAUUACAAAAUUAAUCAUACUUUUAACCUUUCCAUUACAUUACAUGCUGGAAUACAAGGGAAAUCACAGAUAGAAAAAAAGCAUUCCCUUCCAUGGGCAGUAUCUUCUGUUGCUAAUAUACAUUUUGCUAAUAAAUUUUCAUAUUACUUUGAA